AUGGGCGACUUAAAAAAGAAUGAUUGCCUCUUAAAACCGGAGUUCGCUUUUUGUUCUCACUGGGCCACGUGGCGAGCUGGGGCGAAAAGACAGGAGAGCAUUUAUGGCGAGCCGCCGUCUCUGGCGUACCGGCAGCAUUCAGGUGGUGACGGUGACUGCAUUUGCGGUUUUCGACCCUGUUUUCGAGUUUACACUUGGGUAGGGCUUGAGGUUUUGUGGGGUCGAUUUCGCUUGUUUGACUUGCUGGGUUUCUUUCAUGCAGAUUGUGCUUCAUCUUUGUACUGGAAAAUGUCUGCUACCAAGGAAGUUACUUCAGCUCGCCCGUCUGGUGACGCUCGUGCUGAAAAGUCUGUAGAAAAGUUGGAUGUAAAAGAAUUUCGCGAUCGGUUUUGCGUUCCUAAUGGCGUGUCUGUAGAGCUGUUUGAUGGAGAGGGCGUGUUGCCUGAGAAGCCGGAAAAUAACGCGAUACUCUUUACCAAGGAGCAGUUUAAUGCUGGGCUUCGAUUCCCUGUCCCGUCUCUGCUCAAGGAAUUUCUGCACUUCACCCAGAUUCCUCCAGUGUACGUACAUCCCAACAUGAUCCGGGUGCUGAUGGGGUGCAGCAUCCUGAGCAUGCUGUUCAACUUGGACCUCUCAUUACUGGAGGUUCUUUUCGUUUACUCGAUCAAGAAGGUGAAGAGUAACAUCUUCAGCUUCGUCGCCAGCCUUCCAUCCCUGCAACUGGUGACAAACCUACCGGAUUCGAAUAAAAAGGCCGCCAAGGGGCAGGUGCUGGUCAAGGGCGUAUGGGCAGGUUUGUCUGAGCAUCCGGAUAGGCCCUUUGUUCCCAAUCAGUCACUGGAGAUUCCAGACCAGGAUAAGAGAGGAAAACUGGUGGAGUGGGUGGAGAAGGCUUCGUUCGAUCGUUUGAACAAGCUUUUUGAAAUAACUUCAGCCGAGCGGAGAUGCGAACUGCUUCUUUCUGCGCAGAACCUCCGCUUGGUCGUCCAGCAGCCUCAGGCAUACGUGCUGAACAUACUUCCCAGGCGGCUGCCUGAAGAAGUGGUAGUCGGGGAGCACUUUAUUCUUGAAGACCUUCCUUUCUAUGAGGGGGUACGGAAGGCAGAUGCCCGGACACGCAAGGCCCUUCUCAACAAUCGGGAGAAGAAAAGACAAGAAGGGCUUCUGCGGAAGGCUCCGGGUGGGAAACGGACUGCGUCCUCUCCGCCUGCUGGUGCUCCAGCAAAAAAGAAGAAGAAGCUGAGUAAGAAAAGUAAGGGUAAGGCAAUAAAAAUCCCAACUCCUCCAAAAGAGUUUGUACCCCCUCCCAUUGGCUAUGAAAAAGAAUGUAAUAUUGAAGAGCCGGAAAAUCCUCUCCCGUCCUCUGUCUCAACCACUUUCGAAUUUAUUAGGGGCCUUAAUCUUUCAGGGCCCUCGGUGGCGCCAGACGUUCGGAUGGCUCUUCUGGCUGAGGAAGCAGCUUCAAUAAAUCAACCCGGAGAGAUGGGGGCAGAUAGCCAGGAGUUGCCUGUACAUGAGCCAAGCCCUCGUCCUCUUGUGCCUGUGAAGGGGCCAACUAGGAGAAGGUUGCGUCUGGUACGCGACUUGAAGUCUGGCCUCGCUGGGCGGCUUCAGGGCCGGUUCACAGAAGGCAUCGAAGUCAGCUGUUCAUCCGUCCCGGAGGGUCAUCCGGAAGGCGAUGCAGUGGAGAUGACGGAAGAGAGCCCGGCCGUCCCAGCGCUGGUGCCGGCUGAGGUUCCAAUUCUGGCUCCGGCUGAGGUUCCGAUUCUGGCUCCGGCUGAGGUUCCACCCAGAGAGGCCCAGCCGGUUGAGAAUGUUGAAGGUGUGGUUCCGGAGGAGGAAUCACUCUCCAAUGCCUCCUUGGGAGAGGGUCCUUUUGAUGAUGCCACUUUCAUCCCUGCUAGCCCUUUCAGUUAUGCGGAGAUGGAAGAGAAGCUAAAACAGAUUCCCUCUGUUGCAGACGCUGGGGUACCUUCAGCCCUGAUGUUCGAGACAGUAGAGACGCUGGUGAGUGGCCUUCGCGGUAUGGCUCUUCAACGCAAUCUUCUUUCUGACCUGCUGGAGACUGCUGAGUAUACAAAAUCUUUUGUGUCUCAGCGAAAAAAUGAUGAAGAGAAAUUGCGCUUGAGAGUGGAGCAGGCUGAAGCCAGUUCAUCUACUGCUCGAGAGGAGAACAAGGUUCUUCGAGAGGAGAACGAGGUUCUUCGAGAGAAGAACGAGGUUCUUCGAGAGGAGGUUGCUGAGGCAAAGAGCCGGGAGGAUUCUAUGGAAGUUCGCCUGUUUGAGGCGGAGGAGGAGAUGGCUCUUUUGAGGAGGGAGUGA